AUGUUCUGGGCCAACACGGGGGGCAGAUCAGGUUUUGUGCACAUUGGCAUUGGAGUCCUAGUCACCAUCUUCUUCCUCGCCAUUCUCGUCAUCCUUGUCCUGAUUCGCGAACGUCGGCGGAAGCGAAAACUGGCAAAGGACCCCCUGGCGGAGGGUUCACCCUCAGCCAACCACCUUCCAAAGCAGAAGCACCCGCUGGUCUACGCGCCAGAUGGUCUAGUCAAACCCUUCCUCUGCACCUCCAGGGAGAGCUUCCGAGGCCUUGGUGAGCCUGGGACACCUGGGCUGCCCAACACCGAUCGUGUCUGUCCCCAUCGCAAUUCCCUCACCUCCUCCGGCGUCCUCAUGCCUGACGGAGACCUGAGACAUGCAAAGAGUUAUGCAGAUAUGUCCUCACAACAGCAGCCACAGUUUCUGGAACAUCAACAGCAGCAACAAUAUUCACAUUCCAAUUUCCAUAGGUGUCAGAAUUCGCAUAGUCAGGCGCAUCUGCCCAAAUUCCAGCACAACGGCGGCACCCCAAAGGUCGUCAGCCAUUGUCGAUACCAGCAUCAUGCAAACGAC